AUGGCUACAACAACACUUAACUCCUCCUCAUGCCACUUUCCAUCAAGCACAAGACUCUAUAGCGAGAGCUAUCUCGGUCUGAGACCGACCGUGAGGAUUAGUUAUCCCCGAAACCUAACCGCUCCACGUGGCUAUCUUGCUGUAAAAGCAAACGGAGGUCCAGCUUCCGUGGUGUCUGCCGCGGCUGCUGUAAAGGAGAUGGUAAGAAGAGAGAAGUAUCCAGAAGAAUCAAUUGGUUUCGUGGGCGAGAUGAGACUCGUGGCGAUGAGAUUGCACACUAGAGAUCAGGCAAAGGAAGGAGAAAAAGAAUCUAAAUCUCCAGAGGAAGGUCCUGUGACUAAAUGGGAGCCGACUGUGGAAGGAUACUUACAGUUUCUUGUGGAUAGUAAAUUGGUUUACGACACUCUUGAAGGGAUCAUUGACGAAUCCGAUUUCCCAACUUAUGUUGUGUUCAAGAACACGGGAUUGGAAAGAGCUGAGAAACUUGGGAAGGAUUUGGAGUGGUUCAAGGAACAAGGUUAUGAGAUUCCAGAGGCAAUGGCUCCUGGUAGAACAUAUUCUGAGUAUUUAAAAGUUUUAGCAGAGAGGGAUCCUGAAGCAUUCAUAUGUCACUUUUACAACAUUUACUUUGCUCAUAGUGCCGGUGGCCAAAUGAUUGGUACAAAGGUAUCUAAGAAGAUACUCGAUGGUAAAGAACUUGAGUUCUAUAAAUGGGAUGGCCAACUAUCUCAGUUGUUACAAGAUGUGAGGAAAAAACUGAACAGCGUUGCAGAGUGGUGA